GGGGAAGGGAAAGAAUAUACAGUUUAAAGGCAUGCUCUGAAUUUGCUAAUAGGCAUCCACAGUCCUUUUGGAACUGAAAUAGAAUUUUUGAUGAAGUACCUUGUGGCAAAUUUGAAAUAUUAGCCCAGGGGCCCCAACAAGACAUAAUUCACUCCACUGGUGAGAACAAAUCUCAUUUCCACAUCCAUUCCUCUAAACUCAUUACUGACCCAGGGGAAAAUGCUAGCCUACAGCAAGUUUUAAUAAAGACACUGGUGGGCCUGUUGCUAUAUUACUAAAUGCAAUCAUGAGCAACAAGCCACUUGGUAACAAUGGACCCCUGGACCAAUGGAGUCCCAAGAAGGCAGCUUCUGGAAGGCUUAAUAGUCCACCCAGAGCAGAACAGAACAUCUGAGAAAGAUCCCAUUAUUUUAUGCGAUAUUUUUUUGAAAAAAUAUACAUACCCUGGCUCAAAGAGACUGUCAGAUUGCCUGUAAGUGAACUACUGAGAAUAAUUUACUAUACAUUCAUUUUGGGUUUUGAAGGUAUAAAGAGUCAGUAUCAUUAGAAAAAUUAAACAAAAAAUAAUAAUUACUUUGAGGUCAGAAAGAUCUAAAUUCAAAUGUAAGUUCUAGGAUUAAUUUUAUUAUAUCCUUUUUAGUACAAUGUGUCUUACCUAAAUGUGCAUGAUCUAUGAGAGUAGCCAAUGCUCUUACUGUCUUCUCAUAUGUCCUCUAGUGUCAUGCAUAUAAUGAUUCUCAACAAACACGUAUAAUCAAGAUCUACUCUUCUGGUAUACUAUGAAUGUAAAGAUAGGUAGUAUAUGUAAAACCUUUGUCAUGUUUCUGACAUAAGAGAUUUCCAUAAUGAAGUAAAUUUCCAUGUAUGAAGUAAAUGAAUUGUUGGUAUUUGCUCUGAUCAAAGGCUAUAUCGUGGAAUAAGAAUGUGUGGUACUAUAGGAUGACCUGUCCAGGGAGAGCAACCACAGGAUAUAAGAAGGUGAUGGCCAGGAAGGACACAGUUCAUGCUCAUUGUGCAAGCUGGUUUGUAGUAAUUCCUACAGCAGGUCAGCAACUGUGUGUGGAGCCAGUCCUCAGCCUUAAGAAGCACACUAGAACUUUCCUCUGGAUUUCCAUUGAGCCCUUGAGCUGUUAGAGUCCAAUAAAAACCCCACACAUGUUUCUAGAGGAUGUACUGACUUGUACUGAAUAGCUAUUUGGAGGGAAAUCCACAUGUGCAGAUAGAGGCAACAUGUCCUGACUUGCUAAGUGAGGGGUUUCUCCUAACAUCUGAACUGUCUCCUUCUUCAACCUGGCCAUAUUUUCACUACUAUUCUUUGGCAGUAGGAUGACUUUCAUACUGUCUUCUGAGAUUGCCAGUGAAGAAGUCUGUUCACACAUAAGGAUUGUGAUGAAGAGGGAAUAAAUCAUUAUUAACGCAUAUAAAAAGGGUAUCAGUCCCAGUAGCGAGGUAUCAAAUUCCUUGCAUGAAGCAUCUUAAGGGAGGACUUAUUUUGACUCCGAAUUUGAGGAAGUACUCACAGUCUAACGUGGUGGGAAUGCAUGGCAGCAGGAACAUUAGCCAGCUGAUCACAUCGUGUUUGCCAUCAGGAAGCCAAGCAAGGACAGGAAGUGGGUCAGUCUAUCAAACCUCAAGGAUUGUCCCCAGUGACUUCCUUCCUCCAGCUAGGCUCCUCCUAAAAAGUCACAGCCUUCUAAAAUAGUAUCACCAGCUGGGGAUGAAGUAUUCAAAUACACAAACCAGUGGAGGACAUUUUCACAUAUGAAGCCCUAACAAGAGGGAAGGAGGAGCUUCCUGGGGCAGAUGGUUGCCCACACUGAGCAAAUGGAAAAAGAGAUAUCUCAAAGUUGAACAAGUAAAUAAUCUUGGGCAUAUGUUGUAGCUGAAGUCAAAAUAGGCAUGCAAAUGAUACCCGGAAACUGAACAAUUAGUGAAUUAAUUAUGGCUGUGUUUAGAAUUCUAUUGUCAGUGCCCAUUAUUUAUUGAGUUGAAUUAAAAUCCCUUGUCAUCGUUAAAGAAUGUCACUGAUUGACAGCAUAUGUGGAUUUCGACAAGUAGUUUAGUGGCUUCCAAGGACAGCUCACACCUUCAGAUGAAGAACACACUGACAAGAACCAAGAAUCACAGAUUCCAGAAGCCAAAUAGUCUUUCUAUUUUCCAAUCAGAAGGGUGACUGUUGCAUUUUCUGUGCUUCGGAUUUGAACCUUUGCCUUUCUUUUGGCAUGUCAAACCAUUAUGUCUUCAUCUUUGAAGAGGACACAAUAUCUCGGUUUGCCAGAAGAGGAUAAGUUAAAAAAUAUUCUCCUUUCCUGCACAUCCCUAGAUAAUCAAACCCACUUUACAACUGCCUCUACUUCCCUGUCCUUCUUAUUGCCUUUCUCAAGUCAUCCUCACUCAAGCAGGCACACUCAGGCAGUGACUCGGUUUGGAAAUCUAUAGACAAGUAAACGCUGAGAAAUCUGCUUCUCUGUGGUUGUGUAUUUCUGCCAUAUGCAUCUUUAUGAAAAAGGAGCAACAUUUUUUUUCUGUUGAUUUCUUUCAGCUCUCUUUAGGCUUGCACCCUGAGAAUAGCACCCAUUUUAACUGGUACACUCUUGUAAGAGUAGCCAGAGAGCAGUGGCAGGCUUGGAGCUUAACCACACCCCUGGAGUUUCUACAAAGCAAGAGAACAAAGGGGACAUAUGGAGCCAUUUUUUUCCCUCCUGGUAGAAACACUGUAUAAAUGGGAAGGAGAAGUGAAGAGAAGAAAUUGCAGUAUGACCCAAAACAGAAUCAUGGGAAAGUCCACAUUUCACUCUUUGUUAUUAUUCUUGGAGACAGUUAGGCACUUUCUGCCAAUAAAUCAAGAGACUCUAAUCAAAUCUCUCCUCCCAAAUCCUCCUGAAUGGCUAGACCUGAAGCAACCAAUAGUUUCCUUUUCCUUUCCUUUUCCUUCUGAAGAAGAUAUUUUGUGUUUCUUUAAAUGGAAAGUUUCUACACCACAUCUUAUUUUAGAAUAUCUAACUUUAUCAUGAAGUUUUCCUCAACUCUUUUCCUUAAAUUAGAGCUGUUGGCUAAUUGUGUGGUUAUUUUUUUUUUUUUUUUCGUUUGUUUCUUGUUUUUUUUUUUUUUUCCUUCCCCUGGCCCCAUUUAGGUUGGGCUUGAAAGUCAUAUGCUAAAGGUGAUGAUUAAGCCAAGAACAAGAGUCUUGAAUCUCCACAAUCUUCAGCAACACAGAGAUGAACUUCUGAAGGGGAGUUGGGAGUGGGGGAGGGGCUGAGGAGAAAAUCUUCAGAGUGUAGAAGAGAGAAAAUGACAAGAAGACUAGAGUUGCCAUCUGCUGGAGGAGGGUAAGAAUGACAUUUGACACUCUUUACAAGAGAAAAGAGCAACUCAUUAGUCCAGGUGAUAAAUCUUCCUGAGCUGGGUAUUGCCAGUUAAGAGAUGACAAUUAAUUGAGAUGUGCUGUUAUUUCAGAAUGGGAGUACAGGGAUAUGUAGACAGUAUAUGGGAUGAGGUAGCAUACCCUCUGCCUUUAUUUGAACCCCAUUAUAGUCUUUAAUGGGAUGAUAGCUAUUGCUUUCUGCCCCUUCAAAUGCCAACAUGAUACUUCAAUGUCUGUUUCUUUAUUUUACUAUCAGGCUUUUCAAGUAUGCCUAGUCAGAGUGUGAAGGUUUUUCUUUCUGCUUACGUAACAACCAAAUUAAAAAAAAAAAAAAACAUGCAAGAAGUCUAGUUAGGCUCAAUAGAAAGAGCAAUGAGCUGACAGUUGUAGGCUUUCUCAAUGGAUAAUCUCAAUUUGCCCACCAGUUCUAAGUGACACCAUAAGCCGAUUGCUGUACCCCUCUGGGUGUUGAUAUUUUAAAGCUGUAAAAUUAUAUGCGCUACGGAGGAUGGGCUGCACAGUCUAAAUCAUCUCGAAGGUCCUUUUUAGCUCUCCAAUUCUGUGAAUCUAUAAGCAUUUCCAACUUAUGUAGCACUGAGAACAUGAAUAUUCAAGCUAAAUUCUCAUCAUUGCUUGCACAGAAUUCAGCAAAACUGUGUCUAAUGGCCUGAUUAAUCAGUCACUACCAUCUUCUUUGCCAGCGAAGGGGGAAAAGUGAGUUUUACCCCUCCUCAUGUUGUAGAGAAAAUCCCAGUCAUUUAAUUCUUAUUUCUCUGCUGUUGGUUUUGUCACAGUUGCUGACAUACUCUAACCCCCUGAUCAGGAAAGAGAAGAAAUGAAUUUAAGAAACAUACCGCAGCUGCCAGUGACCUCUAAGAUAAGGAGAAACUGAAGAUCCAUGCUGGAGUAACCAGGAUAUGGCCAAAUGCAUGAGAUAAUUCAAUUGGCAAAUUCUGCUUUAACUGAAAUGAACUCGUCUGUCUUUCUGAGGUUCUAAAUCUUGCAUAUUCACAGCAUCUAAGUCAGACACCCAGUUGUUCAUGUAUUCACUUGGAAAUGUGUAGAAUGAACAUACUUCAUUGUUGUUUGAGAUAGGGUCUCACUACAUAGCUCUGACUCUCCUGCAACUUGCUAUAUGGACCAGGCUGGUCUCAUAUUUAGAGAUACAGCCAUCUUGGCUGAAGCUCAGAUUAAAGGUAUGCACUGCCAUUCCUGGUUUAAUGAAUAUAUUUUCAGUGCUUGAUUUCAUCCAAGUAGAAUGGAACACUUAAAACUUUCAUUCUCCUAAAGUUUCAAUUAUUGUUGGAGGAAAGAGAAACCUACAUACACAGAAAAACUAUGGUCCGUAGCAACAUGUGCCAGGACAGACCAUCAAAGCCUCGAUAAUAUCAUGACCUAAAGCCUUCUGUGGACCAAGAGUUCUGAGUAAGUGAUUCUGACCUGAAACUGAGUGAAUGAAAUAGUAUAGUAGUUACUUUUCUCAUUGCAAGGCAAAUCUCUGACAAAAGCAACCCCAGGGAGAAAGGGUUUCUUUUUCAGAGAAAGAAUGCUAUGCCUUGUGUUGGGGAAAGGCUGGAGCUUGGGGCACCUGGUCACAUUGUAUCCACAAUAAGGAAACAGAGGUAAAGGAGAGUGUUCAGCUUGCUUUCUAUUUUUCUGUUUAGUACAAGACACCCCCCUCCCCCUCAGCAUGGAAGGCUUUGUUCACAUUUAAAGUGAACCUUCCUACUUCAAUUAACCCAAUCUAGUAACUUUCUAACAGAUGCGUACAAAGAUUUGUUUCCUAGGUGAUGCUAAAUCCUGUCAAGCUGGCAACGAAUACUACCCAUUAUAGAUGGCUAUGCAAAAAUGAGGGAAGGCUAUUGACAAUACAGAUUGGUAUUGGGGGGGAGAUUACAGGAAGGGAUGCUGGAAUAAAAGCAUACAAGAUGACUAACAACGGCUAAUGAGAGCAAAGACUUGAGAAAGGCCCAGACAGAAUAGAGUUCCAAGCAUUCGGCUAAACAGUCUUCUUUUCAUGAAAAUUACUCUUCCCACCUCCACAGGUUAAUGUGUUUGCUUUUCCUUUUAACUUUCUCUUAGUACUGGGUAACCCAAAACUAUGUGCACACAAGGCUUUUUAAUAAGCAGCUGCUAUUUGGCUCACGGAAUAAGGCAUGCCAUCUUUACAUUAGCUUAUAUGUUAAAUAAGGACUUAAGCAGGUAGUCAUAGUUCUUAAGACUCUAGCCCUUGGCUUCAACUUCAUGGAAGGGCUUAGGAAGGGCAUUCUCUGAGGAGGCAAGGGAAAGCUCAUAUCCUGCUGUGGCACUGUGAUCUGUUACAAAGCCUCCCCUGCAGGAGCAGCCCGUGAAGAUAGGCAGGAGAACACUCCUUGAGAACAUAACAUGAUCUAACUAGGGGGAGAGGCUCUGCACCUCUUUGUAGGCACACAGCACCUGGCUUUAAUUGAAACUGAGACAAGUAACUGUGUAAAGUUUGUACUGUUUGUGCUACAAACACCAUCUUCUUCUAAUACACCAUUUCAGAUAAUAAAGGGAGGAUUAAUUUAAAUAGGUCAUUUGGCAAUUUUUUUUCAUUGAUACAAUUUCCCCCACCCCUCUCUUUCAUGCUUCACUUCUGACUUGAGGCUGAUCUUUCAUUAUAGUUUCAAGGGAAGAUCAUAAUAAGGAGGUUGUUAAACAUUAUUAAGAGUGGAGCAUCACUCAUGUUCACUAAUAGUAAUAUGACUUAUUUCACAUCCCUGAGCUUAUUUCACAUUCAUGUGUCCAUGAAAUUAUUAGUCACUUGGGAGUCAUCUUCCUCCUCCAGGACCCACAGUGGUGUAGGGAUCCUCUAAGUAUGACAAGAAGCUGACAGGUGGCAGGACCUAUGUAACGCUGGUGAUCUCCAUGAUGCUACUUGAAUACUUGAAUUCAUUGAAACAGAAAGGAGAAAAAAGUAGAUUUGGAAGUGUGAGAGAAAGUGAGAAGGUGGUAGCUCAGGAGGUAUGGCCAAAGAAAAGAGUUGAAUUGAGAAACGUGUGUGUGUGUGUGUGUGUGUGUGUGUGUGUGUGUGUGUGUGUGUGUAUACAUGCACACUUAUUUUUAUUUUUAUUUUUCGAGACAGGUAGCACUGGCUGUCCUGGAACUCAGGCUGUAGACCAGGCUGGCCUUGAACUCAGAAAUUCGCAUGCCUCUGCCUCCCAAGUGCUGGGAUUAAAGGCGUUCGCCACCACACCCGGCCCCGCACAUUUAUUGAUCUUUGCAAUAACUCCCGUGUCUGGAUAGUCUGUGUUCAGGUGAGUACUCCAGGCCCUUUGUCAGAUCUGCCCAGAAGCAGCUUGAAGUCUAAUGGCGUUAAAGCUCUCCAAGGGUGAUGCUCUGUGAGCUCAGAUUAGAGAACUCUUGACCUGUGCACGAAGAAGAUCUGAACUGAGGUUCAGGGACAAAGACAGAGGUGGUUGUCUGUCAGCACCGACACCACCCUGAUCCUCCUCAGGGGUUGGUACCUGCCUUGAGGUGAGGUCCACUCUGCAUACUGUUCUUGUAGAGGACCUAAGUUCCUUUACAACACCCACAUCCACUCACAAUCACUUGUGAUUCUGGCUCUUGAAGGAUCUGAGUCCACACGUGUCCUUGCACAUAAUUAAACAUAAAAUAAAUCUUAAAAUAUGAAUCAGAAUUCUACUAAAACGCCAUAUACUGCAUUAACUGUGCUCAAAUUCCUGGCUCUAUACAACUGCUUGGAAAGGCAAGGGACUAUGGAAGGAACACAUUGGAAGGGAAGUCUCCUUUACCAGUGCCUAGGGCCAGGAAUAAGGCUGGCCAGGCCACAGUCUCUUGUGCAUUUACAGACCACUCUCUUGAGUGUUGCAACGUAGCUAAGACUAUUUUUGGAAUUUGGCCCCUGGUUGGCAGGAGACUUCCUCUCACAUGCCCGAGACUAGCAAAAGUGGCAGGCUUUUUGGAAAAUGGACAAGGCAACCCUGGCACCCAUCUCCACAAAUCUCCUUUCUGAUUGUCAUGGUAACGCAGGCAGGCAGGCAGGCAGGGCAGCCGCUGGGCUGCUUGUCUGAGCCCGGGCAAGGCUACCACGUGGGCUCACUGGUGCGUGGUCUGGAAUUGCGGGAGCCUGUAGGUAACAGUCAGCCACCGUGGGAUGUGCAGUUCUCCAUGCCAGGGAAUUAGUGCUUCUGGGGAGUAUAUGUAUGUGGGCUCGAACUGUGUGUUACUAUGACGAUGGUAAUCGGGUCCUCCCUCAGAGAAGUGCCACGUCACUUAAAUUCUGGAAUCCACCCUUAGACCGGUGCAUGGCUCUGCUCGAAGGCCUCAGAGAAUGAAUGCAUAGGAACGCCUAAUCACUGGGCAGUUUCUUGACAGUGACCUACACUGAGUGCUUUAGUAGCCUCAACUAGUAAGAAACUUGUCAAAGGAUGGAAAGAAGGGAAUUAAGCAUGCUUAUCAGAUGGUAAUUAAUUUCUUCUCUAGAAAGAAAAUAGAAUUAAGAGGCUCUGUGAAAUUCAGUUUAUACUAUAAAAGUCUUAGCUUCAUUUUUUUUAAUGCAUCCACUUUUUUUUAACCUUUUAAGAGCGUAUUCUACUUAUACACAAUAAUGGAUUUCAUUAUGACAUUUUCAUACAUGCAUGUAAAGUAUCUUAGUCAUAUUCAUGCCUCCUUAUCUCUCCUGUUCUUCCUUAUAUGAGAUAAAGUUCUCACGUGUCUCAGGCUGAUCUCAAGCUCAAGGGUAUCCAUUAACUCUUUAAAAAUGUGCAAUUAUUUGAUGUAUAUGGGCAUUUUGCCUUCCUGUAUCUUUGCACAGCAUGUGUACGGUGCCUGAGGUGGGCAGAAGAGAGAGCAUGUCAGAUGCCAUGGACCUGGAACUACAGACAGUUGUAUGUGCUGAGUUAAACCGGAGUCCUCUGAAAGAACAGCAGCUAGUGUUCUUGACCACUAAGUCAUCCUUUCAGCCUUGAUAUCCUCCUGCCUCCACCUCAAAAGUGCUGGGAUUCCAGAGGUAUACCACUAUACCUGGCUUAUACAGUGUUGGGCAACAAGCACAGAGUCUUAUAUACCCUAAGCAAGCACUCUACCAACUGAGAAACAACAUAGUCCCUUGCUUGCACCCACACUUAAAACUUUUUCUUUUGUGCUGUUGCUUCCUAAGAAAGGGGAAUAGCCAUUAUUCUCUAAGGACUGUCCACUUUAAAAAGUAAAAUGAAAUAUAGAACAUCUUCAGAAAUUCUAUAGCUUUUCUUAGAAUAUAGAUCAGCUCUCAUGCCAGAGGAACCUUGCAAAGCAUGUUAGGAGAAAUAAGGUAUUGAUUAAAUACAGUCACAGUAAAGACUAAGCUUACAUUAGUAUUUCCCACCACCCGGAGUUGCCACACUUUAUCAUUCAUCUGUGUCUAUGAAUGUGUGCAUACACACAGUGGCAAAACCACGAUUAACUUGGCUUACAAUAGAAAAAUUUCUGAUAGAUUGUAAACACGGGUUCAUCAUGUGCUUACAAGAUGACUGAUGCCACACCAUUCCCUAGUUAAUUUGCAUGCAUUGUAAGAUGUCACUAUAUAUCACAGGAUCUGCUAGAAUAUGCCGCUUCUCAAACAAAUACUUGGGGCUGGAGAGAUGUCUCGGCAGUUACAGGAAUACACUGCUUAUGCAAAGGAACUGAGUUCAGUUCCCAGUACCCACACCAGGAAUGCACAGUUCCUGUAAAUUCAAUCUUAGGGGCAUCCGACACCUCUACAUACACACACACACACACACACACACACACAAACACACACACACACACACACACACAAACACACACACACACACACACACACACACACUCACACGUAAUUAUACGUAAGAUAAUAGAACUAAAUAUGAAAAAUGAAAUUCUAUCCUCAAGACACAUCAAUGCUUUCCACAAGCUGCCUUCAUUUCUCAUUUUCUGCAUUUUCCCUAUCAUUUUUUUUUUUUUUUUUUUUUUUUUUUUUUUGCCUUGGGAAAAGAUUUGUUCCUAUCUCUCAGACUUAGCACAGACAUCGUGACCACCAGCCAUGCCUGGAGCACCAUAUUAAAGACUUUUCCUUAUGAAAUUCCUAAACUGUUCCCAUUAAAUAUCCAAAUCUUCUUGAUCUUCUCUCAGGAGGUCUUUUAUAUUUAGUUACUUACUUAGAAUAUGAUCAAAUGUUGUGUGCUAUGAACUUUCCCUAUUCUUUCUUUCUUUUCUUUCCUUUCCUUUUUUUUUUUUUUUUGGACAAGGUUUCUCUGUGUAGCUCUGGCUGUUCUGAACCUUACCAGGCUGAUCUCAGACUCUCAGGGUUCCACCUGCCUCUGCCUCCUGAGGGCUGGAAUUAAAGGCAUGCUCCAUCACAAGCUGGCUUUAUUUUGUCUGUUAUAGUUAUUUGUAAAUGUGGGCAUGCAACAGAUCCUAACAUGCUACACCAAUGCCUCUAAUUAGAUUAGAUAUCUAUGUAAUGUAGCCCAUUCGAAAAGUAACCUCUAUAAGCAUACGAUCAUGUGAGUGAGUGUUGAUCUUAGUGCAUUCUGGUGGGGCUAAUUGAUUAAAAGUGUUUCUUGGGUUAUUCUUGCCUCUGGCAUUAUCACAGGAAAACAAUCUCCCUAAUGAGACGAAUGGGGGAGACACAGUUUGGACUUAGAUUCAAGCAGAUCUAAGUUCAGAGAUACUGAACACAAUUGAAUAUGAACACUAUAUCAGGCAAUUUAAAAGAAUAAUCAUUAAUACUCUAAUAUUAGAUAAUGCUGUGUUUUAUUUCUUUUUUCUUUUUUUCUUUUUAAAGAGACAACUAAAACUGGGCACAGUGGUUUUUGGCUUUAAUCCCAGCAUUCAGGAGGCAGAGACAGAUGGAUCUCUAUGAGUUCAAGGCCAGCCUGUUGAGUCCCAGUCCCGCCAAAGCUACAUAGUGGGACCCUGUCUCAAAGCCAGAGAAGGGUGGGCAUUAUUUAGGGCAAGACAUUCUAUCUGUGAUUUACUUAAAAACCUUCAAAACCUCUGUCGAAGACUGGCAGGAUACACAGGUUUUUUUUCCCACCACAAAUUCUAAUAUGGAGUAAGAAACAAGCCAAGAUCUACUUUCCCAUACCAAGGUCUUCUUUGGGAGAUUCACUUGAUCAAUUGCUUCCCAAGGCAGUCAGUUGACUCUCCCAUCCCAGAGAGGAACUGCCAUGGUUCUUCUCUAGUCUAAGGAUUACAUUUCAGGGCUACCUGGCCCAGCCUGAAAAGUGGAGGAGCCCAAGGCUUCUAUCUAAUUCAGAUCCUUGCUUUGAAAAAAGUGUAGUUUUCUUCUCAAAGAAAGAAGGGCUUGGUGACUCAUGAAUAUUUCUACUAUUUUAGGAGCAGUCUUAUAAAAAUGACCACAAGAAGAAGUACCGCACAGCUAUACAGGCAGUAGUAGCAUCAGCUGCAUAGUUCUAUCAUCUCAUUUGUAUAUUCUUAAAAGCUGUGAAUCAAGGCAAGGAUAUCACUCCCAUUUUGUAAGUGAAUAAUAAUAAAAACCCUUAGUCCUGAUGGCUAACAGGUAAAUCAUUCAAUUACUUAAAAAAUAUUAAAUUGAUUAAAAGAUAACGCCCAGCAUUAAAGCAUUUGCAAAAUGUCAGAAUCAAAGUAAGUUUUUUCUUCAUGACAUUUUGAUUAUCACUUUGUAAUAUGCAAUUCCUCUCUUAUCAGUUCUCAAAAUAGUAAUAUGGAAAACACUGUGUCAUUUCCUACCAGCAGGUCACAGGAAAAGACACACUUGCUGAAGGGCCCAAGUCAUGAGUUGUUAAUGUCUUCCGACGAACAUCAAAUGGUUCUGAUGGGGCUUUUGAUGAUGUCCUGUUUUAACCUCUUGACAUUGAGUCAUGUGGGUGGUAAAUGCCACCAACUGUCCUUUAUGAAUUAGGAGUUCUUAGGGUAGCUAGGAUGCUAUGCCAGGUAGCAUGAAAUCCAAGUGAAAAGUGGAGUUAGGAAGUUAGAGACCCAGAUACAAGGUUCACUCCAACUAGAUCGCCCAAGUCACAUGGCGUUACACUUCUCUCUUCAUUUACCUUAGCUUUUGAAAGAGCAAAGCCAUCAAAGCAAGCAUCACUUUGCUCUCAGCGUGGGUUGAAUAAUAUCCUGAGCCAUAUACGUGCAACGUUCUGAAGCCUCUGUAAUGUUCACAGGCACAAGAGAGAUGCAGUAUUCUCCAUGUUAUGUAAAGAAGCAAUCUUGCUUAUGUAGCCAGUUUGGCUAUGUGCCACUCUCAUAAUUUCCAAUUAUUACAUAGUUGUUUGAAACACUGCUAACAACAAUGGCACUUCAUAAACUGGUUGUUUUCACCAGUCCUUGUCAGGCAAUUGUAUUGAAAACAAGUAGUUGAUUUCCAGUAAAUAAUGUUCAAAUGGGUAAGAGACUCUUUGAAUACAAAUUAUGUUGAAAUUAAGUACAGUAGAUGGAUUUAAGUUCUUAGAAUCAGUUUUCUAUUUCUAAAGGGAGUACUUAUCUAUGUAGGGUAGUGACCCUCUGAACACAAUCAGCUCUUGGCAAAGGAAUUCAAACCAGGUUGGGCUUUUGCUUGUGACACACAGCUUGAUAAAAAAAAAAAAAAAAAAACGGGGGCGGGGGGGUGGCUCCCACUGACAGCAGUUCUGGGUGUAGAAGUGAACCUCCAGCAUCCCAUUUUGUUUUAACCUUCUGUUAAGUAUUAUUCAGUCAGUGGGAUGGAGAGAUGCCCCAGUUUUUAAGAGUACUUGUGCCUCUUCUAGAGGACCUGAGUUUUGUCCUAGCACCCUUGCCAUGUGGUUCACAAUUUUCUGUAUCUCUAGCUCCAGAGGCUUCCUACACCUCUGGCCUUUGCCUAAAACUUCAUUCAAAAGCACAUACUCACAUUCACACACACACACACACACACACACACACACACACACACACACACACACACUUACACAUAUUGAAGAACAAUAAAAUAAUUAUUUUUUAAAAUUAUUUUUCAAUCAAAAAAUACACCAAAACCCCUUUGGUAGACUCCUUCAGAACGUACUCACGUUGCCUAUCUAACAUCAGGAACAACAUUCCAAGAAAUAAAGGGCUGAUAUGGCUGUAGUCAACAUAGUUAUGUAGCGUACCUAUCUAUGCUAAGGGCUUGUCUUAAGGCCUGACUUCACAUGAAAAGUCCAUUUAUGUUCUUUAACAGUUUUGUUUCAAAACCUCAAGGUUCUCACUUAAAACCUGGUGCAGGGUUAUAUCACAAAAAAAAUUGCCAACAUAUAAAUAGUUUUAAAAGACGCCAUUGAAACAAGCCAUCAAUACUUGUACACUGAGGAUAUCCUACACUCACCAGCAAUAAAUGACCAAAUUCAUAAAUGCCAGAGGUAAAAGGGAUAUUGGGCACCUUAUCUAACUUCACUGUUGUAUACUGAAAGGAAUUGCUAAUAAGGUGUGAAGUCAGAACUUAUUCAUAUGCACUGAGACUUUAUGUUCGCUACACCCAAAGUACAGUUUGAGUGAGUGUGCUCUUGAGAAAUUUCGUGACAAAAUUUGAAGGGUGUGGGUGGGGUAGGACAACAUCUGGAGAGCAGUUUAAGAGAGGAUUUAAGGGACGACUUAAUUUGGAACAAAUAAUAGACAAACAGAAUGUGAGAUUAGUUCUGCCUUUCUGGGGUUGUUAUUACUGGCAAGGCUUCAAAGAGAAAGUACUAUCCCAAGGAUGUCAUAUCCUCUAGCACUUAUCUUGUAGGGUAAGUACCCAGGACAUGGUUGUAGACUCAGCACAUGCCAUAAUUUCAAUGUGAAAUGAAUCCCCUAGGUUCUCAUGUUUGAACAGUUGGUCCCUUGUUGGUACCUGUAUUUCAGAAGGCUGUGGAGCAUUUAAGAGGUGAAGGCUUGCUGGACAAAAUGGCUCACUAGAGGCAUUCUUGAAUUUUUAUGGCACGGUUCCACUUCUGUUUGCUCUGUGCUUCCCAAUUACAAAAGCAAUGUAACCAGCCACUUUCUGCUCCUGUGGCCAUGUAUUUGCCUUGUUAGAAUGUAUUCUCUGAAACUGUAAGCCAAAAUAGACCCUUCCUUGAAUGCUUCUUACCAGGCAUUUUAUCACAAGGACAAGGAAAUAUUUAAGACUACAUGUGCAUCUAGAUAUAGGUGACUUGGGUGGGAGGAGUGAAUGGUCUGGAGUAAGCAUGGCAGAAACACAUGUUGAAGGAUAUAGAUUUAAUGGCAGUCAGAAUCUGCAGGACAACAUAGUAUCUUGAGAAGAUCAAAUUAAGCAUUAUUUAUUUAGAGGCUUUUGAGAAAAUAAGCCAAUUGAAGCAAACACCACAAGGAUGUAGAUGAUGAUGUAUUUGAAUGUUAUUUUAACCAGGAAGAUGAUCAUGACCUGUCCCCAUGCCAUUACUCAGCUUAUGUUUAGAUUGUACUGUAAAGUAUGGAGAAAGCCUAAGGAACUUGUUAAUCAAUCCAGGCUCCCAUAUUCAAAAUGAGGCUUCUGAAUAUGUGUGGUUUCUCUAUUCUGUCCUGCCCUUGUCCAUGUAAGCAGUCACAGGGGGCUGGCUGAGAGGAACAGGAAACUGGAAGGAAGUGUGAAUUAUCAUCUCAUGUUCAUGCUUUCUAGGUCCAUGCUAGAUGAAGCCCCCAGAACAGAAGACCUCCUCCCAGAAUAGAAGAUGGAAGAAGAAACAAAUGAGGCUUUUAUCAAGUCUCAAGAAUAGUUGCUCUUCAGGUCUCCUAGGUACCUCUUAAAGGAUGUAAGGAAUGUGGAAAAAUCAUACCAAAUUAUCAAUGUCAGCUAACGGAAAUGUCUUGGAUGUUCAAAGCUGUGGUUUUCUUAUAAUGGGAACAUGGUAGGUUCUCUGGCCUAUAAACAGAAUUAAGCCAUUAAAAGUGCUCUGAUUUACUCACUGAAACAGAGUGAUCACUCCAUAAAAUAUUUCUAAGGUGGUGCUAAAAUUGCUCAUAUGCGUGAAGGUUUAUAAAGAAGGUGUAUGGGCUCCUUAAAUAAGAAUUCCUACCUUAUUCACACCAACAUUCUAGUCAUUUCAUAUACUUGAACAUAGCUGUUGGGGCCUCAGAUUUGUGGAAUAUGCUAUUCCCUAACUCAGCAUUUCUAACCUCUUGAAACUUUCCUUAGUGGCCUCUUACUCAACAUUCCUGUUUAAACUCAAGUGACACCUCAGAGAGACUGUCCUAGUUUCCUUUCUGUUACUGUGAUGAAACAUACUGACAUCAAACAGCUUAGGUGAGAAAAAGGUUUAUUUCAGGUUACAAGUUAGGUUACAGUUCAUCGUAACUGGGGACAGUGUGGGCAGCGACUUCAAAUACUAGUUAUAUCCUGUAUACAGCUAAGAGCAGAGAGAGAUGAAUAGGAACCUGCUGGCUUGCUUUCUUGCUUGUGCUCAGCUCCACUUCUCUACUCUUACAUUUAAGUACUUCUUCCUAUGGAAUGGUGGACUGACUCUUUGCAUGUCAACUAAUUUAUUUAAGACAACCUCCCAUAGUAAUACCCAUAGGUUAAUCCAAUAUAGGCAACAACCCUUCAUUGAGACUCUUUUCUGGUAACUUUAGUUAGUGUGAAGUUGACAACUAAACUCAACCAAAACAAACACCCUGCAUAACUUUUCAGAAACCAAACCUCAUCGCUUCAUUUCUCUCUUCCACACUGUUAUAUCUUAAAUUUUCUGGUAUCUAUCAGCACCAUGGUUGAUGUUUGCAUACCUGCAUAUAUUAAGUGCCAUAUAUGGGUGGGUUGCAGCAGAAUGCCUAAGUGAAAAAUAGUUCCAAUAGCAUGAGUCAAGAAACACAUGUUUCAAGAUGAGGAAAUCUCAUGCAAACUUCACAGGGAAGGACAACAUUUACUUUAUAGAAACACAAUCUCUCUCUUUCUUCCACCUUUCCUUCUCACCUUCAGAGUAAAGAGAAACCAAGAAGGAUGGAUGUCUUUGAAUGUUAUAUUCAGUUUCUUUCACUUAAGUGAAAUCAAAACUUUGAGGAGAAAAAAAAAGCUACAUAUAUUUUAGAUGUAACUUAUAUGUACAAAGCCAAGUGAAAUGAACUUUUUAAAAUCAACAACUUUCUACAUCUCUUCCUUAUAUCUGAUGUGUAAAAAGGAAGAAAUUCCUCCACGUUACAGGACCUUUGUAUUUCUUAUAAUAUGUUUAGCUACUUGUAGAAUUCUGUUGAUCUUAAUACUUGAACAAAAUCCAGAAAGUUACUCAGGGGUAUACACAUGUUCUACAGGUGUUUAAACUAUCAACUAAAGAUUAGAGAGUCAAUCUUUAAACAAUCAGAAACUCAAGGUUUCAUUAAGUAAUAGUCUGGGCAGAAAAGAAAUCAUUUCAAGAAUAUCCUUCCGGAUCUGACUGUGAAAUUAUUGCUUUAACAUUUAAGUAGUGUUUUCUAGUCAAAUGCAGUAUACUUUAAAAAAUAUUUAUGUUCUUUUUAAAAAUUUUUUAAGUUUCUAUUUUUAUAGGCAAAGUACAACUUUGUAGAAAAAUGUUAUCCCUUUUCUUCCCAGCUACUCAUGCUGUGAAGCAACCUGUUCCACUGUUUAAGCCUGUGUUUGUUCUGUUUCCAUUGUGCAGAGGGAAACAGUUUCCGCACCUUUAAAAAAAAAAUCAAAGAUCUAUCACUCACCAGGACAGCAUAGCAACUGCACGAAAGGAAAUCAUGAAGGAUAGCAAAAAAGCUACUGCGUUUCUAAAAUCUUAGCACGUUUACAAAUGACCUGGGAUCUUGUAAAAAUGAAGAUUUUCCUGGGUCCUUCUGUCUUGAAUGGAGUCCAGGACUCAGCAUUUAGAACAGCCCAUGAGUGACAAAAACAGUAUUAGUUCUUGGUGCUUACAGAUGAUAUACCACUGAAGACAAGAAAUAAAAGUCACCUGACAGCAUUUAGUAUUUACAAGGGAAAUGCCAUCAAACCAGUGCAGUGAUUUUUAGUCAACUGUAAAUCUUCCAAGUCCCACCAACAAAGGGAGCCUAUUUUUCUAUACCGUGAGGAAGGCUAAUAAGGUGACCAGCUGCUUGGCGAUGCAUCUGGAGAAGAACGUAAAUGCAGAGAGAUCUCUCCUGCUGUCCUCAGGAGCCUGAAGUCCUACAGGAGUGUACCUGAGCUCGCUUGCUGGAAAAUGAGGCACCGUGGAAGAGAGCAGAGUUACCCCAUCUAUGGCAAUAAAAGGUAACCCCAGCUAACAACAUGCCAACUACCAUCCCUGAGUGAAAUCGUCGUGGGUUUUCCUGUCUCUGGCAAACACUUGUGUACACAACAGAGCUGAUCUCAGUGAUCCAGCUCCAUUAAAACAUAACCUCAACUGUGCACAGAGAUGAGAGCGAAACCAAAUCACUAUUGUUUUAAGGACGCCACAUUGGGAUGUUUUUCUUUGUUGUUUAAAGAAGCAGCGUGGUCCCUGUGCUUAUGAUUCCUUUUCCUUUUUGCCUUCAGUCUCUAUUUUCUGUCUUACUCUUAAAUAAUGGAAAUAGAUAUAAGCAAUUAUUGCAAUGGCAUUUUGAUCCCUUUUUAAAAUGCCAUAAUUAAGUUGCUUUUUCUCCUGCUUUACAACCUUGAAAAACAUGGACAGCCUUGUUAAAUAGUAGGACAGUUUCUCCUUCAUAGAAGGAGGAAUCUCAAAUUUUCUUUUCAGUCAGCUGUAGAUGCUUUCAAUUCUUCUUGCCAACAGGAUAAAUAUAGCACUUUCUUCUGAAGGACAUGUCUAACCAUUACCUUGUUUCGUAUCUGAGAAGGUGGCGUAAGGUCUACCCAUAAAGGGACAAUCUCAGGCGGGGAAGGCACAUGAGUGACAAACACUCUUAGGGAAGAAUUCACAGCACCAUCCAGUCACUAACAGAUUCCUUCAUUGGCCAACACCAUAGCUACAUUUUUCUUUGUGCUGGCCUAUCCAAUUAGACAUCUCUUACAGGGUUGCUGAGCCUUGACCAUCUGGAUUUUUUUCCUAAACCUAUCAAGCUGAAGUAUACUUUUUCUUUCAUAUUUUUCCCCAUGAAAUAAUAUUAAUAAAAGCUCCACUGUUGUACUUACAUAUGAGAGGACCUUUGCUAUGAGCAGUUUCACAUUAACUAAACUCUCCCUCAUUUAGCUUCCAUUUCCUCUUGUUCUUCAAUUUUAGAAUUGUCAAUUUAAAGAAAUGCUUUACGUUUGGGGUCGGGGGUACAUUCUGCAAACUGAAUAAACCCUAACUUAAUAGACGAAAAGUUUAUUUUAAAGAUAAUUUUACCAAAACAGAUAUUGUAUAAAUAUAAACAUUUCUUUUCUCAUUGCUGUGAGGAACCACCUGACGAAAAGUGCUGGAGAGAUGACUCAGGAGUUAAGGGGUUAUUGCUUGGUUAUUGCUUGGUUUCUAGAGGACCUAGGUUUGGUUCCAUGUAACAUCAUCAGGUGGCUCACAGCUACACGUAACUUCAGCUCUCGGGGAUCUCAUGCUACUUCAUGGCCUCUGAGGGAACACACUGACAAAUGGCAUAUACAUAUACUUAUAUUGAUACAUACAUAUACACAUAAAGAAAAUUAAUCUUAAAAAACCCCACCUACGGUUGGAUAGUUGGUUUAUGGUUAUGACCACUUAUUGUUGCAAAGGACCAGGAUUCAGUUCCCAGCACCCACUUGGAGGUUCACCACCACCUUGGGUACCAGGCACAUAUUGGGAUACACAGAUACACCCACAGGCAAAACAUUCAUACUCAUAAAAUAGUAAAAAACUAAAUCUAAACACCAUUUUAAAAAAACAUCUAGUGAAAGCAGCUAAAAGGGAGAAGGCUUUAUUUUGGGGUCACUGUUUAAGACCCCUGUCUUCCCGUCUCUACACUAUUAACUGAAUUGUAACUUGUGGUGUGUACCAGUCUCACUUAAUCUUCUUGUUGAAGCUUUAUUUAUAUUCUUAGCAUUACAAUCCACAAGCACUUUGCAGGGAAUCCCUCACCUGCAUUUCCCUGUAAAACAUAUAUCCAGAUCUUAACCUUCUCACUUUUAGCCCUCAUACUCUCCAUUGCCUUUCUUCAAGAUACUGGCGCUUAUUGAAAUCAUCUUAACAUCUUGUCAGAGGAUAAAUGUCACUUGACAGACCCUCAUUUCCAAUGCAGAACAAUCAUUUCUUUUGGCUUGCCCUGUCCAACUUCAAUGCUAAUUCAUUCAAACCAAUGCAUUGCCUUAUUGAAACAGAUGGUGUGGCCUCCAACUGCCCUCUUUGCUUCCAGUAGCCUUUUCUUGUCCUUCAUGUUCAUGAACAUCAUCAGAAUUGCAUUUCUUGCACCUACAUUUUGGAACUCAAAUGUCAGAUGGAAAGUCUGCUCAACUAAGCUCUAAAUCUCCCAUCUUGUCUUUUGGCUCCUGACUCUCUUCACCUUAUGUGCCUAUUGGACUCACACUCAGUGCACCCCAGCAGAGACCACAGUUUUCUCUACUUAUUCUACUAACUGGAGUUAAUCUUGUCCUCUUGCUGACUUAGGUAAUCCAUUUCUUCCCCCUUUUCCUUUUCUUUUCCCCCCUCUUUUCUUCUUUCCACCUUUUCUCCUUUCUCUCUGUAUCUUUGCCUCUCUCUCUCUCUCUCUCUCUCUCUCUCUCUCUCUCUCUGUUUGUGUGUGUGUGUGCACGUGUGUAUGCAUCUGUCUGUGUGUGUAUGCUUGUGUGCUUUAUGUUUGUUUCUCUCUGUGUGUGUAUGUACACACAUGUCAAAUGUUCCUAUAUAGGUGAAGGACAACAGGUGUUGGAUUCUGUUCUCUUUCCACCUUGCUUGUGAUAGGGUAUCUUAACUGAGGCUGACUAUGCUAGGAUAAUUAGCCUAUGAACUUGUGAAAAAUUUCCUGUAUCUGCCUCCCAUCUCCCUUUAUGGACACAUUGGGAUUAUUUUAUGUUUGUUUUACUAUGGCUGACUUUUAAAUGGAUUACUGUGAUCCAAACUCAGGUCAUUAGGAUUGAAUGGUAAGGACAUCCUUUACCCACAGAUCCAUAUUCUUGGACCCUCUUUUUCCUUAGAGUGUCUCUGCCUGACCUGCUUCACCUAGCUAGAGAGAUCUCUCAAGCACGGCCAUAGUUCAUAUCUCUGUUAUUACAUGGACCAUGCAGUUUUGAUUGUACAGCUCAGCUCAUGUUCAAGGAACACUGAAGGCAGGGUCCACAUUUAACUUAUUGUGUAUUCUCAGCUGACCCUCCACUUAACCUAAAUCAGACUAACAAAAACGAAUGGCAACAGCAAAAAUAUUUUGAUAAAUAACUAAAAGGAAUUCAUGGUAGAAGAUUAAGAAGUAGUUCCCAAGAAUAGGGGUCAGUUUGAAGGAAGAUAUAAAUUAAUCUGAAUGUGCUGGAAUUCCACAUAGAAUUCAUGGAAUGGAUGGGGGCAAGGAAAUCCAUACAAAGUAGAUCUGUGAAAGGAAUCCAUGCUCAUGGCAUAAGCCAGUAUGAAUCCAUCUGGAAAUGGUUGGGCCUUCCUUAUUUCUGACUAUCCUUCAAUAUAAUAUGAUUAGUUUUCUAUGGAAUAUUGAUUAGAUAAAUAAUCAAAUCAGUUAAUAAACUCAACAAGAGUGAACCAGUAAGUAUGCUAGACUUUCCUAAGAAAGAUUCAGGAACAUUACCAGUAUUAUGUGGUAAUCCAUAUUCCAUGUAUGUAGGGUUCCUCAUAUCUUAUCUUUUAUGUGUACAGGUAGAAGGUAGAGGAUCUUAAAAUCAGAAAAUUAAUAGGUUUGUUCUUGAGGAAUUUCAUUUUCUUACAUCAUCUAUUUAUGUGUGUGUGUGUGUGUGUGAGAGAGAGAGAGAGAGAGAGAGAGAGAGAGAAAGAGAGAGAGAGAGACAGAGAGAGACAGAGAGAGGUGGAGGGGAGCUUGCCUGUUCAGACAUCAUGGCAAUCCCCUCUUAGCAUAUUUUAAGUAUUACUGGAUUAGUAUGUUGUUGGUCAACAACGUAUUUAUAAAAAUUCUUUGGCUGCCUUGUUAAGAAGAGACAGGGCAAUCAGGAAAAUCCAAACUUCUUUCGGCAGUGAAACUUCCUUUUCUUGGGUUGAUUGAAAAACUGAGUGUCAGGACAGAUAGUUUCCAGCAGACAAAAACACACAGGCAGAGUGUUUGGUCACUGCCCAGCUACAUGGAAAGGGGCCCAAGGUGCUUUUCAAGGUGCAGUUUUCAGUGAUUUCCUAAGAAGCAGAGAAAUAGCUGUGUGGGGGGGUGUGGGGGUGUGAAACACACACGACCUUCUAGAAGGAUAGUUUGGAGCAUACACUGAAGAUGUUUCCAAAGGCCCUCACCCUUCGAACACCAAUUCUCUUUCUAGAAUAAAAGUGUGAAGUCAUCUUUUCUCGAGUGUGCAAGGUCUGUACAUAUGUCUUGAUUUAUUAUAGCACACUUCAUUAUAAACAGUAAUGGCCUAAGCAUUGUACAAGAGACAAAUUCAAAGACAAUACAUCCCCCAAACUCCAUAGUUCAUCUUUGAGUUGUUGGUUUUAAACGUUUUUAUUGUUGUUAUCAAUUAUGCUUCUUUUAGCUUGUAUUUUCUAUUUUUUUCUAUAAACAUCUCCAUUAGGAAUAUACAUGAGGCAUAAUAAUACUUUGGAUGGUGCUCUAAGAAACUUACCAACAUUAGCAAACUGUAGUAAUGUCAUACCUUUUUCUAAAAAGAGAGCUCUCAAGUUCCUCUGCCCAUCCUUCCCUCAUGUAUCUCUGUUGUCCUAUUCCUUUUAUGAUUAGAGGGCAGUAGAGACAAGAUAGAGUGCUGUCUCUUAGAUCAGUAUCCACAGAGUCAAAGUCUUAUGUCAGAUGUCAGAACACCAUCAUGGCUUAAAGAUGAAAGGCAAAGUAAGGUAAGACCAGCCAAAGGCCCUGGCAAUGCUCAGUGGAUUUCCUAAACUGAUUAUAGAACCAAGUCUUACCAAAAAGCCUUCUCUCUGCUGGAACCUGUAAUUGACAUAGACCCUAUACUUCUUGGUCUUAAAACCCAGCAGGACAGGCAAAAUGCAGUUGAGUCAGUUUGUCCUUUUUCACUAAACUCUAUCACCAAGGUUGAAUCAUAAUUUAACAUUUCGGUCCCUCCCAUUUCUCAGCUAUGAAACUAAAGAGGCCUGGGUUUCCAUUUAUGGUUAGAACUGAACAGUUCUCCCAUACAAUGUUUCUCAAAAAUUUUGUUUUGCUGGUUUUACUUUUGUUUUUUUUUUUAUUCCUCCUCUCCCCUCCUCUCCUUCUUAUACUCCUUCCCCUCUUCUUCUUCCUCCUUCUCCUCUUCUCCCUCCUUCUCCUCUUUGCAUGACAGGGUUCUAUGUAUUGCAUAUCUCACAUGGCCUUGAAUUGGAUUCAUAGCCAAGGGUAACCUUGAAAUCUCAAUCUUUCCACCUUUACCACUACAGACUGGUACUACCACAUCUAGUUUAUGUGAUUUGUGGGACAGAAGCUGGGUCUAUAUUCCCAUACAGCAAGUAACUACCAAUGGAGAUACAUCUUCAGAUAUGCUUCUUAUUUAAUAAAUUUAUUGAAUUAUAUAGGUUUUAUGGAUGAAUGUAGGGACUGAGAAAAGUCCCAAGACACUACAUUUCUAACAAGCUCUGAGGUUGUUUGUUCCAGCUUAUUGUAUGGAGUCACAAAGUUUUAACAUGCACGAUCUAACUAAACUCUUCCAAGUAUCCUUUCAGGUAGUCAUACUUUGACCUAUUUGACAGACAACAGGAAUUGCAUGUGUAGAGUCACACUGAGAAAAAAUUAAUUUGGGCAUGGGGGCUCAUGGCUAUAAUAACAGUACUAGGAAGGUAUAACAGGUCUUAAGUUUUAGGUCAUCCUGGGCUUCAAAGAGAGUUCAAGUUCAACAUAACUACAUGUGGAAAUCUUGUCUCAAAAACAGAACAUGAAAACCAAUAACAACAAAAACCAAAUUGCAGAACAAACAACAGAAAUAGCAGAGCAGGAAUUCUAACUUAGCCAUUUUUUAGUCUUGAUUUCAAGAUGUUUAACCAAUCCUUUUAGUUCUAAACUACUUAUGUUAAAAAUGAUGGCCACACUCGUAUAGAAUGUAUAGGACACAAAAAUUAGUAAAAGUAAACAAUUAAUAGUGUGGAUAAAAAUGAGGGGCCAUUUCAUAUGGGAUAGGGUAGAAUGGAGUUUAGCUAUGCAAUCCUAGCUCUUGAUCUUCAUGUUGAAGGUUAGAAUAAAAGUCACCCCCAGACAGACAAAGCAUAAAAGAUUCACCUAAUAUGCAAAGGCCAAGUGCAUAAGUAAUCAUAGAAAGGAUCCAUAAAUAGGCCCAAGAGGAAAAGACACUCAUAUUUAGUUAGUUUACCACCACUAUUCGGUUCCUUCACUGAACACAACAGUGACUUCCUUACUAUUACUUGCAUUGGUGCCUUCUUUCAAGAGGGGCAUCCAGUUUGAUCAGAAGGGAACUUCCCCUUUCUAAUUUGUUUCCACUAACGAGGCCUCCUGAGUAAAGUCUGAGGGUCCUCACCCCUGGGCUCCACUGGCAUCUGUGGUGGCACUCCACAUAAAGUGCCAUCUGUGUGGUGCGUGCCCAGAGGAACAAAGAGGUUAAUUCUCUUCUUUUGCAACUGUGACUCCCAUCCUCCCCCAGUUCCUCUAAGUGUUUCCUUUUAAAGAAAAGCCAUGGUUCACUGCUACUGAAAAUUAAAGACAACAGCAUAAAGAUCAAGGUCCAGGCUGGUACCAGCAAUGACAGAACAUUAAAAUCGUUACUUGAAUUUCUCUUUCCUUGAAAACUGACAAAGACUAUUGAAGGAAAGGCAACUAUAACACAGGUUGAUUUCAUAAAUGUGUGUGUGUGUGUGUGUGUGUGUGUGUGCUCACCAACACUGGUAUAUAGACAGGCUGAGGGUUGAUACUGAGAUACCAUCCACCAUCACAUCUGUUCUUUGCCGUAUUCUUUGAAACAGGGUAUCCCAUUGAACCUUACUAUUUAAUCUAGACUCCCAGGGCAGGAAGCCUUCUGUAUCCUCAUGUCUCUAGUUUCCGUGAUAGGAUUAUAGUACAGAUGACCACAUAUUGCCAUUACAUGGGUGGUGGGGAUCUGAAUUCAGGUCUUCAAGCUUGCCUCCAUGCACUUCGCCCACUCUCCAGCCUCAUUUCAGAAUCUUUCUAGUUGUAUCUCUUCAUUCAUUGGUUCGUUUGGCUGAAGUGGACAAAUUGGAGGUGACCUUCAGAUUUGAUGGAGUGAGUGGUAGUAAUGAUUAUAUGACUUCCUCCAUCCUCCAUCACAUGGACUACCAAGAAAACAGGAAAAUGUUUUAUUGUUGUUGUUGUUGUUGUUGUUGGUUUUGUUUUGUUUUGGUAAAGUUUACUUUAUAAGGUCAAAGAGAGAAGGAAUAACUAACAGGCUCAUCCUUCUUCUACAGACUUUAUACUUUUAGCUUCUCUAACUGUACUAGGUGCCCUCCCUUCUACAUCUCUUCAGUAACAGAGUUGCUUUGGUAAGCAGAAUUUUACCCUGUACACCCUAGACUUCCUUCUGAUUUGCUGAAAUCAUGCUUUCAAUAUUUAUCUUUUCUGACUCCAAACUAGUGGGGCCAGGCCUCUACUCUUAACCUCAUGUAAGCUUGCUGUUUUCACAUGGUGCCACAAUGAAUAUCCAGCUUCUAGAAUUGAGGGCAUAAUUACAUUAAAAGGAUAGACUCAAUCUCCUACCCUAAACAAACAUGCUGACUAUCGACAGGGGUCUCGAGACACACAGGACACUGCUCUUCAGCUGUCCAACACGGAAGAAGACGUGGAGAAACCUAAAUCUGUCAUUACCCCGGAAGAAAACUUGAUGAAGAACGUGGUGGCCACUUUACUGCUUGAUAAAUGAAGCUUUCUCUCAAGACAAGCAGAUCGAAAAGACAAGAAAAUAACUGAAGGUUAUAUUUCUUGUAAUAUACUUAUAUUUCUCCCCUAUUUCAAUAUCAUGGGCCCUUAGGAACAUGGAAUGAAAAUUUGUGAAAAAAAAAACAGCCAUAUCAACUUGCUGCGGUGACUCAAAAGUUGUCGUUUCUCAACUCAACUUUGCUGAAACACUUGAUUCAUGUUGUUCUUAUUUAACCUAAUUUGCAUUGAUUUAAUCAGUGCUGGUAUGCUUUAAAUACAUAAUAAAUUGGAAUUCUGCAACUCAGAAGACUUAGAAUAGCUAAAUUUCAAUAAAGCUCAUUUCAAUCUGUUAAUGUAUACAGCUCUGCCAAGAGAUUUAAGAGGAUAGAAAAGAUGCAACUUGCCACAUUAGAGGUGAGAAGGGCUUAAAGAUACCAUGCAGACAAAAUGAUUUGCAGGAUAACAACAUGAAUAUAUAUAUAUAUAUAUGGUCAUAAUUACAGCCUAGGAACAUCGUCUAUAUUUUGAGUGGCAUACUUAGAAGAAAACUCACAUAUAAAUGCAGGACAUUUAAUUUUAUUCUCUUUCUUUUGUGCCAACACUCAACUCUUCUCUGCCUCUCUGUACCAGCUCUACAAAUCAAGUGACAUCCAAAGUAGGACCUCUUCUUGCCCAUUUGGCAGCCUCUCUCAUCCUUCUGCCAAGCUGCAUGCAUUAUAAGGAUUUUCUUCCUAGCAGCCAUGGGGAUUGGGUGCCUUAUGCUCAAAGUACUUGCUGAAUGGCUGGCCACUGUUUACCCUGCCUAAGCCUGCCCAGCCUUGCUCCUCCAACCCUUUAGAGUUUAUGGCUCAAUCAGUCGGCAUGCUGUCAGGAAUAAUUGUUUUGGCAAGGGGUAAAACCACUUGAUGAUGAAAUUGUUUCUCUGUCUGUUAAAGUGUUCUGCAGCAACACAGAAGUGCCAAGUGCCUAGUCCAGAGCUAAGUUGGAGACAGGGUGAGGACAGCUGACCAUCCAGAGUUGCACAGAAAGAACACAGCUCUGAGGAGGAACAACAAAGAUCUAUCUGUGACAGUAAGUUGUAUGACCUUGAAUAAUCCCCAGAUGUCUCUGGCCUCAGGUUCAUCAUGUGCAAAAUGGAGAAGGUUGAUUUUUUCUCAUGUCUCUUGUAGCUCCUAAGACAGCAUGUGAUGUCUAGGACAUUUCAGAUUUGUGUUCUUUUCAAUUAAAUGAUGCAUCCUGGAGAUGAAUAACCAAGGCAGAGCUCAGAGGAAUACAGAAUGGGAUGAUUCAUAGGGCUUUUCCUGAAAAGUGUUACCUGUCUUUGGUGACCUUAAUUCUACCGAUUCGUCUUUUCAACUUUGUUGUUCAGGGCCAGUUUAGUGGCUUGACCAAUCUCAACCUGUGGGACCUUCCAGCUCACCAUCACUCCUAGGAACAUAGGAGUGAUAGCGCCCAUUUACUUGGAGUUUAUUAGAAGCAGAAAUGAUGCAGAUGUGAGGACAGUCGUCCACUUCCACCCAUGACUCCUCCUGACACUGGCUUACUUGGCCAUGUUUGAAGAUUUUAACUUUUUUUUCUUUUUUUAAAACAGAUGGCCAAUUGGUCUGUUGCAAUAGGGUAGAACUGGUUGUGACCAGAGGGGUACUUAUUCAUUAUAUGGACUACUGUCUAUAAAGGAUUGAAGGUAGAAAAUCCAGCCGGGGCUUUUCCUGGUAUUCUAAGAAAAGUAACAUUACUGUACAGUAGCACAACUGAAUCAAGGAUGGGUGGAUGAGAAAAAGGCUUCCUUUUCCUUUAAAAUACCUCUUCUCUACACAUUUUCUAGUGCAUUCUCCAGGGGUUAGAUGUAAUUAGCAUGAACAGCACAUGUCAGUGGUAGGCUCUCCCAUGUCAUGCAACAGCAUCUUUAUCCUUGAAAGCAGUGUGCUCCAUGUAGACUGGGUGAGCCCCAGGAGCAGCUUCAGCAGUCUCUGAGUACACAGACUGAAUGUGCCUUACUGCAGCUCUCUCACACCAGCCCGACUCAGAUGGCUUUUCCAACAGAGUGGGCUUGCAAAGCAUUUCAGCAACCUCUGAAAAUGGCCAGCUCCAUGUAGAAGGGUAGUUAGUGUAAGUGUUGGCAAAGGAGAGGAGAGGAGAGGGUAGGAGAGGUGAGGGGAGUGGAGGAGAGGGGAGGGGAGGGGAGGGGAGGGGAGGGGAGGGGAGGGAAGGUGGAGGAGAGGAGAGGGGAGGAGAGGAGAGGAGAGGAGAGGAGAGGAGAGGGGAGGGGAGGGGAGGGGAGGGGAGGAGAGGGGAGGGGAGGGGAGGGGAGGGGAGGAGAGGAGAGGAGAGGAGAGGAGAGGAGAGGAGAGGAGAGGAGACUGAGACUGUCAGAAUCAAACCCCAAAUCCCUGCCUUCUUGUGUCUCCUCUCAAGUUGUUUUUGGAAAGCAAAGAAACAAAUGUUGAUUGCUCUACAGAGUCCUACGUUUCUGUUACACGUACGCAGUUUAACAGAGGGGGAUAUAUCCCCAAAGAAAGGUUGGCGGUGGGGGGGGGGCGAAUAUGUUAGUCCCUCAUUUAGAUAUAUCUUGUCAUUGAUGAUGUUUCUUACCCCCCCUCUUCUUUUUUUUUUUUUUUUUCCGCCCGCAAAUAGAUACAAGAAAAAAAAAAGCUGAGAGUGUUUUUCAUUUCAUCAAAGAACAUAUAUUACUUUAGCGGCUCGGUUUAAAAAAAAAAUGUUGGUUUUCUUCCCACCCCUUUUCAAUCUGCCGGUGUUGGAGGUGCUCGGAGAAGACGCACAAUCGCGAGCAGCUUACGACACUCAGUGAGCAGUCGGUGCCGGUGCAGGCUCGCGCACACUCCUCGGAGGAGGGAAGGAGCCGGGCGCUGCUCUGCGCUCCGCAAGGCAUGAGCCGGCCAGGUUUCCGCAGCUGCCCGGGACACGAAUGGCAGGCGUUCUCCAACCUGGACUCCAAGGUGGCUUCGAUUCGCGUUGGUCAUUGCCGAUGACAUUCUCCAGACUGUCAAAUCCUGGGGAGUCUCGAGCCCCGAGUUUGGAGUUGAUCUUUUACCUCAACCCCCCAACCACGUCACAGUCUCAACUGCAGAGGAAAAAAAAGGGGGACCGAGGCAGGAAGGCGAGAAGCACGGGCUCCCGGCACGUAGUUGGGAAACUUGCGGGUCCUAGAAGUCGCCUCCCCGCCUCGCCGACCGCCCCUGCAGCCCCGGAGCGCAGCAGCAAAGUGAGACAUUGUGCGUCUGCCAGAUCCUCGGGCCGCGGAGCAGGGCUGCCUCGGGAAACACAGAGGGGUCUUCUCUCGCCCUGCAUAUAAUUAGCCUACACACAAAGGGAGCAGCUGAAUGGAGGUUGUCACUCGCUGGAAAAGGGUGGGUAAGACACUUUUUUAAUUAAAUUCUUUCCAGAAGAAAAAAAUUUUUCCUCCCUUUGCUGCCGCAUCUAACAUGGACUGCAUUACCCCGGCUUUGAUCUUUCCGUGGCUGUGAACUUUGUAUGCCGCCCGGCUUUCUGCAUGCUUAGAGAUUUCUGACCCAGCGCUUCCAAUGGACAUUCUCCAGUCUCUCUGGAAAGAUUCUCGCUAAUGGAUUUCCUGCUACUCGGCCUCUGUCUACACUGGCUGCUGAGGAGGCCCUCGGGGGUGGUCUUGUGUCUGCUGGGGGCCUGCUUUCAGAUGCUGCCCGCCGCCCCCAGCGGAUGCCCGGGGCAGUGUCGGUGCGAGGGGCGGCUGCUGUACUGCGAGGCGCUCAACCUAACCGAGGCGCCCCAUAACCUGUCCGGCCUGCUGGGCUUGUCUUUGCGCUACAACAGCCUCUCGGAGCUGCGCGCCGGCCAGUUCACAGGGUUAAUGCAGCUCACGUGGCUGUAUUUGGAUCACAAUCACAUCUGCUCGGUGCAGGGGGACGCCUUUCAGAAACUGCGCCGAGUUAAGGAACUCACGCUGAGUUCCAACCAGAUCACUGAACUGGCCAACACCACCUUCCGGCCCAUGCCCAACCUGCGCAGCGUGGACCUGUCCUAUAACAAGCUGCAGGCGCUAGCUCCGGAUCUCUUCCACGGGCUGCGGAAGCUCACCACCCUGCACAUGCGGGCCAAUGCCAUCCAAUUCGUGCCGGUGCGCAUCUUUCAGGACUGCCGCAGCCUCAAGUUUCUCGACAUUGGAUACAAUCAGCUCAAGAGUCUGGCGCGCAACUCUUUCGCCGGCUUGUUCAAGCUCACAGAGCUACACCUGGAGCAUAAUGACUUGAUCAAGGUGAACUUCGCCCAUUUCCCGCGCCUCAUCUCCCUGCACUCGCUCUGCCUGAGGCGGAAUAAGGUUGCCAUUGUGGUCAGCUCUCUCGACUGGGUUUGGAAUUUGGAGAAAAUGGACUUGUCUGGGAACGAGAUCGAAUACAUGGAGCCCCAUGUGUUCGAGACCGUUCCCUACCUGCAGACCCUGCAGCUGGACUCCAACCGCCUCACCUACAUUGAGCCCCGUAUUCUCAACUCCUGGAAGUCCCUUACGAGCAUCACUCUGGCCGGGAACCUGUGGGACUGCGGGCGCAACGUGUGUGCUCUAGCUUCCUGGCUCAGCAACUUCCAGGGACGUUACGAUGCUAACUUGCAGUGCGCCAGCCCAGAGUACGCACAGGGCGAGGACGUCUUGGAUGCAGUGUAUGCUUUCCACCUGUGUGAGGAUGGGGCCGAGCCCACCAGCGGCCACCUCCUGUCGGUGGCCGUCACUAACCGCAGUGACCUAACGCCCCCAGAGAGCUCAGCCACGACUCUGGUGGACGGUGGGGAGGGGCACGAUGGCACGUUUGAGCCCAUCACUGUGGCUCUUCCAGGCGGCGAGCACGCAGAGAACGCUGUGCAAAUCCACAAAGUGGUCACUGGCACCAUGGCCCUCAUCUUCUCCUUCCUCAUCGUGGUCCUCGUACUCUACGUAUCCUGGAAGUGUUUCCCAGCCAGCCUCAGGCAGCUCAGACAGUGCUUUGUCACGCAGCGCAGGAAGCAGAAGCAGAAACAGACCAUGCAUCAGAUGGCUGCUAUGUCUGCCCAGGAAUACUAUGUUGAUUACAAACCUAACCACAUCGAGGGGGCCCUGGUUAUCAUCAACGAGUACGGUUCGUGUACCUGUCACCAGCAGCCUGCGAGGGAAUGCGAGGUGUGAUUGUCCCAGAGGCUCCCAACCCAUGCGCUACCAAAUACGCCUGGGCAGCCGGGCGGGCCAGCGGGCACCAGGACUGGUCUCCUCUGCGCUCUGAUUUGUUGACUGAAACUGUAAGGGGAUCUCUCCCAGAGACUUGACAUUUUAGCUUUAUGUGUCUUAAAAAAACAAACAAACAAACAAAAUCCCGAAAUAAAACACAACAAAAAAAACCCCACCCCAUAAUCUUCAGGACAGUCUGUCUUAAAUUUCAUAUGAGAACUUCUUCCUCCCUUUGAAGAUCUGUCCAUAUUCAGGAAUCUGAGAGUGUUAAAAAAAGGUACCAAUCAUUGAUUUUUCUUUUGUAAACUAAAACGUUUAAAAUAAAAUAGCAUUUACAGUUUCUACA